AUGCUAGCGCCGACCCAGAACGGAGACUAUACCGCCGCCGCUCCGCCUGUGCAAGACUCGACGACGGCCCAAGUACCAAGUUGGCUGACGGCUGCCUCGGCUGUCGCUCAUACCGUCCGCAUCACACACAUCCCCGACCACAUCAUCGCAGAUAGAGCACCACCACCGCGUGCACCAGACACAGGUGGCCAGCUCGACCAUCAUCGACCGCUUGCAGACUUUGACGGUGCUUGUGAACUCGCCUCGGCGUACUAUGAUGUCGCUGCCAUGGCUCCUUUAAACCCGUUUUCCAAGAUCCAGACCAACUGCAUUGCAUUGCAUGCGUCCUGUGGCGUGAGCAUCUCCAACUUCCACUUGCGUAGUUGGGGCAAGCAGUACACCAAAUCCAGCCUGCAUCGUCCCGUCUUGUUCGUCAAGCAACAAGGUUGUCAAGAUGAGGCCGCUUACAUGUGCCCAUGCUUCUCAUCAUGGUCCUUAUCUCUCCGCACAUGUACUGCCCCAUUCCCCAAUAAGCUCUCCCCGGAUUUCGGGGAAACCCCCUUGGUGUUCUUUUCCUCUCAUACCAUGUUCAAUCCUGUACUAAACAAUCUUUGCGUGCGGCAGGCUGCCAUUAAUCGUCUGCGCGCUUAUAAGCCGCCACCAUUCCCGUUAUGGGACCGUCUUCCUGUCCGGAUGCGCGCUGCUGUCUUGAUUCUGCUCUACGCUGAUCGUUUCGGAGAUUUGCGUGUUGUCAUUACCAUGCGAGCGGCCGCCCUGCGCAAUUUCUCGGGCCAUGCCGCCCUUCCUGGCGGCAAAGCCGAUACCACGACUGAAACACCUUGUAAGUCGUCUUGGCACACGCUCUCCUUCUUCGCCGCCGACAACAUCAUGACUCACACAAUCCCUCCCACAGACCAAAUAGCGAGGCGAGAAGCCUGGGAGGAAAUCGGGCUCCCUAUGGAAGACCGUAAAAUCCCCAAGCCUUUCCGCGUAGAGAAGCUCUGCUACCUGCCCCCCUUCCUGGCCCGCACCCACGUUGUCGUCACCCCAUGCGUGGCAUACCUGCACGCCGACGCGCCCGCCCCGGGCCAGUCCUCUCCCGUCGUGGAACACACGUUGGUACCCAAGCUUGACGCCAGUGAGGUGGCGGCCGUCUUCACCGCGCCGUUUUACAACUUCCUCAAGUCGCGCGACCUGCCGCCCCAGCCCGGCCACGUGCUGCCGCCUGGUCACUGGUACGACGGUGCUUGGAUCAACUGGAAGGAUGUCGCCUGGCGCGUGCACAACUUCUACGUGCCCGUCAACAACCAGCAGGUAUCACGGCCGGCAGAGGGCAGCACGGCAGUGGAGGAGACGAAGCAGGACGUUGACUUUGAGGGCCGCUUCAAGGUUUGGGGCAUGACGGGCCGAGUCCUGGUCGACGCUGCGCGGAUCGCCUAUGGCGAGCCGCCCGAGGUAGAGCAUAACCCAGGACUGGGUGAUACCGAUAUUAUCAAGAUUGCAGAGCAGGACGGCGUAUUUCAAGAAGCGGCGGGCAAGGGGCCUUCGAGGAUAUAG